AUGGACCCGUCGGACAUAAGACUACAUCUUGGCCGUCCUGUGGGUGACGUCACGCAGGUCGAUUUGCGCUCCUUAGAGCGACCGGUGGACGUUCUGGCGGUUGGGCCCCCGUGCCCACCUUGGUCAGCCCAAGGAAAGCACAUGGGCAAGGGGGACAUGCGCGCACAGGUAUUCCAUCGGAUCCUCGAUUGGGUGUUCUACAUGGUGCACUGCUGUGGGCUUCUAUGCGCCAUCGUGGAGAACGUGCCUGGGAUUAAAACUGUUCUGGCGGACGGCCGGGAGGCGCCGAUCGAUCAGUAUGUCAGGCUCUUGGAGCAGCACGUGCCUGAGUUUACGUGGCGCGUUGAGACAUUGAAGUUGGUGGACUAUCUAUGCCCUCAGAACCGCGCGCAACAACGAAAUCUGAAGGCUUACGAGAAUCGCAUUCGCAGCCUGGUCGAGGAGGGCCGCGCGCCCCGCAACUCGACGGCAGUGGCGUCCUUUGACCGGGCAGAAGGGAUGGGCUUCAAUACCACGCUCUCGGUCGAUGUUUCCCCGACGUUGACCUGCCGUUCCUUUUAUUUCGCGGUCCUGUCGGUCGAAGACGUUGUCAGCGACACUCCCGAUGAAAACCGCCGAUUGUUUAGAAAACUGACCAGCCCAGAGCGCUUCGCUCUGCAGGGGUUCCCGCCUUCCACAGCUUUGCAGAUCGAUUCCAAGCUCGCAGUGUUCAGCACGGGGAACGCGUAUCCCCCACCGCUGUUGUUGGCAGUUCUAGCACCACUCCUGAAGAGGAUG